AUGACUGAACACAUCGACAACAAUCGACUUAAUAGUGAUCUUCGUUAUCGUUUUGAAUAUUUAUCAAAAUUUUUAAAUUUUACAUCGGAUGAUGUUAAUAUGCUUAAUGCACUUGCACCAAUACUUUUUCCACGUAUACCUGUUAUAACCGAUACUGUUUAUAGAAAAUUAUUUUCAUUUGAUAUAACAAAACAUUAUUUUAUUAUUCGUAAUCAAAAUUUUGAUAAAUUUUCUGCCAAUCAAGAAAAUAACUUAACAGUAAGUUCGGCACAAAUGAUGUUUCGUAAAGAUAUGUUAAGUAUAUAUUUAAAACGUGUAUUAACACAACGUGAAUGGAAUGAUACAUUUCUUCAGUAUUUAUCUCAAAUUGGAAAAAUGCAUACAAAUCAAUCUGGUUUAACAUCGAUUAAUGUUGAUUAUAUACAUAUAAAUAUUCUAUUUGGUUAUUUAGAACAUUUAUUAAUUGAAAUUAUAUUAAAUAUAGAAAAUGUUGAUAAUAUAAACAAACAUGCUAUGAUAAUAGCGGUUAAUAAAUUAUUUUGGUUACAAAAUGAUUUUUUUUCAAUGCAUUUUAUAACAGGAUCAAAAGAAAAUUCAUCAACUGUGGAUAAAAAAAUAAAAGACCAAGGAUGUUGUUGUUUAUUAAAUUAA